AUGCCUCUCCACAUGUGGAAACUUGGCUGUGCAUGUGCCGCGUGGGUAAUAACCCUCGCCAUGGCAGACAAGUAUGACAAGUGCGUCUCGACAGCUUCCGGUGCUUGGGGCAGUGGCGACCAAGAUGCCUGCGAAGCUGAGAAGCCCCCGCAGAGCAGCGGCUUGCUGCAAAAACACAUGCAGCAGUCGGCGGGCGAGUCCCUCAUCGAUGACGGAGUCCAUGAGGAGUUGAAGGACUUCCUUGUGGAGCUUGCAGGAUGCUUGAACGAGUCGAUGACGCUUGCGAACCAGAGCGGGGACACUGUUCGGGCCAAGCAGCUCGAGACCAUCUUAGUGUAUGAGCUCACUGCGAAACAAGCCUCCCUUGGAACGCCAGUUGAUCCCGUGCUCCUCGAUGCCAUGAAGGAUGGUGCUGCUUCGGCGGCUCUGGCCAUAGUGAGCAAGGACUUUUGGGAGAUCUUGAUGGCCACCAUAAGCCGCAGGGACCUCACCGAUGCCGUCAUCAACGAGUUUACCACGGUCUUGGAGAACAUGGCCACAGCCUGCGGCGAUGGAGACGAGGCAGUUGAGAUCGCUGGGGACGAGAAGCAAUUGCUCACGCCAACAAAUGGCGGCAACAUCUCAGAGACGGCUUCCAAAGUUGCCAUUGAAAUUCCCAUGGUGGCAUGGGAGCUGUGUCAGUCCGAGGUGAUGGAAGUGGACUUUUUUGCAAAGCAUGGUGCAUUGCUGACCCAUACAGCAGAGUGCACGCCUCAGGUGUCUGCAGCCCUAAGCCAAAAGAGCCAGCAUCUUCGAGAGGAUAUGAACUAUCGUAUGAAGCAGCUCUUGGUCUUGCACUCCGACGAGAACCAACUGGGCCAUCAGCUGACGCAGCACAUGAAGCAGCACGGAGUGUUUGGGCACCUUGCGUCCCCAGCGGAGGACCUGCGGCGGGGCAUCCGCGGCGCCGCCGUUGCCGAGCUGUCGCCCAAGAAGCGUGCGCAGUUGGAGUAUUUGCAGACCAAGAAGUGGCAGACGACCCACGGGCUGUCCAGGCAGGAGCAGUGCGAAAAAAUGACCAAUGUGCCGGACUACAAGCACUGCUUCUGUGUGGAGGAGCAGCCCGAGUUGGUCUGCGAGGCAAAGCACGCAGCUGAGUUGCAGCAUGCCUAUGCGGGAGCUUCCCAGAAGCUGCAGCAUGCUCAAGAGCAGCUCCUGCAAAGGAAGCGGACCCAGCUCCAUGCCAAUGAAAGCAAGAUCCUGCCAGGUCCUUGCGCUCCGCCCUUGUCAUGCUCGAUGUGCAGCGGAGGCGUUUGCCUUUCAGCCAGCGCCGACGUGGCUGACACUUUCAAGAGCAUUCAAACGAAACUCGUGAAAAGUUCCAGCUCGACAUGCUUCUCUGGCAGCUGUUCCAUUUCCUUUGGCUGGCCCAAGGGCACUUGCGAACUCACCUUCACGCUAACGUUGGGUGCCACCAUCACGAACUGCCAAAACGCUGGCAAUGUCUUGUCGAGCUUCCACAUACACUUCAGUGCCAGUAUGUGCCUGGGGGGUGCUGCAGGUGCGGCGGUCGCGCAAUUUGGCCAGGCCAUUGGCUGGAAUGGCUGCCAUACAAUUCUCAGCAUCAAGUAUUACCCCUUCAUCGGCAAGAUUUCAGCAAGCGGUGGCAUUCCGGUCUGGUUCCCAAACAUGCGGGCAGAACUGGCCAUAACAGUGCCAGUCCACGAUCUCACGGCGCCAGUGUGGUCUUGGAUCAACAGGGCCAUCACACAGGAGGAGCGCAAUGCCAAGUCGAUGACUUGCGUCCUUAUCAAUGACAUUUGCUUCGGCUCGAUGAGAAGCUGGUUUGCUUUCUGCACACUGGAGGCUAUGAUAAAUUGCCAAGCCCAGCUCAUAGAAGUAGACGCAGCAAUUCGGGCAGAAAGGCAUGGGGCCAUGCUUACCGCUCGAGGCUAUGCGGACAUUGACCUCAACGCCCAGUCUGGUGGCGAGUGCUUCUAUGCAAGGCGAAGAAGAGCUCGCACACCUGGCUCCGGCCAGCGAAAGAUUCGAGAGUAUGGCCAUACAGCCCACCAGAAGACUGCAAAGAUCUACUCCGUCACUUCAAAUGAGGAUCCAUUGGACAUGGCUUUGCCGGACGAGGAUGGCUCCGGUGACGACUAUGACCGAGACGAGGACUUCGAUGGGGACUACAAGGGGGCCGAGGGCCUUGAGCUAAAGGGCCCUGAAGAGUUGGCCAUGGACUUCGAUGUCUUUGGCAGAUAUGUGCAAAGUUCACAGACAGAGAACGGCAAGCCCGUAUUUCUGGGGCCCAAAACCGAGGGAGCGAGGCCGAGCAUUGCAUUCACGCUCGGCGGCGAUGAAAAGCCCACAUGGUGGAUUUGCGAUGCGUCUGGUGGCGAGUGCUUCUAUGCUGAGUGUGAUGCCGAUCGUCCUCCUAGGACCGGAUGGCGAAACUACUCCGAUGCUGAGGUGGAAUUGGUGUUGGAGGGAGGGUGGGUUGACGGCGAGGCGAAGAAGGACUCGCGCUCUGAUCGGUCGCGGAGCCCACGCCGCGAGAAAUGCCCUUGGUGA